AUGCCUGCCCUGCCCCAAUCCAGAACCCUCGCCUCCUUGCCCCCAGCCCACUUUACCCUCAACACCUCCCUCUCAACCGACUUCACCAAAAUCCUCAAGAUCCAAGGCGUCAACACCCUGAUCCGCACCGCCGCCUCCUCCGCUACCGUGCACCUCCUCAUCACCUCCCUCUCCGAAGACAAAGUGAUCAUGAAGCAGACCGCCAUGUCAUCAAAACUCCCCGGGACAGAAGAGGAGUACCCGUUGGACUGGACGUGGCGGGGGAGUUCGAAUGGGCUGUUUGGGAAGGUUGAGGGACGGGCGAGGUGGGUUGGUGUGGAUGAGGGGAGGAAGGAGGGUGGAGUCGUUGGUGAGGAUGAGAGGGUGCAGUGGGUGUUUGGGGAGGGGGAGGAGGAGAGGUUGUUGCAGGCGGAGGGGAAGGAUGCCGAGGGAAAGUGGGAAGCGUUUCAUCUCCUGGGCUUUGAGACGUUGGGGGGCGAGAGGAGAUUUACGAGACGGGUGUUUGUGAGGAAUAAAAAUGGAGAUGAGGUCAGGGGUGUCAUGGUUUGGGACUGGGUUGGUGAGGAGUGA